CCAGUCCAAAAUGCCAGCUUCCAGGGAGAGGGGAAUCAGGGAAGCCGAUAACCAGGGAAUGUGAAACAAGUCGACAUUGUUUGGAGCCACAGCACUGGGUCAGAACGACACAAAGGGUUGCUCAGCAGCAAAUGUCACUCCUGGGACUGGAAUAUAAUUAACUCCUGCCUGUUCCUUCCCUCCCCACGGAUGCCACCCAGCAUGCCAGCAGCACACAGAGGCUUCUGCACAAUCUCACACUCAGCCCUGCAGUUUUCCAGCAGAGCCAGAGCAAUGAGGAUCCUUAUGUUCAUUUUCAUCUUCGUCUCCAUGAUCCAGCACGGAGAUGCUCACGGACCAGAGGGCUGUAACCACGAAGGGGGCUUGUGCAGAGUUGGAAACUGCAUUUCUGGUGAAUACCUGGCUCAGUUCUGCUUUGAGCCCAUCAUUCUCUGCUGCAAAAAUUUGCCACCCACCACCACAAAGAGCUGAAGUUUUCCAAAGGAGCCAGAGAGCUGCUGUCAGGCUCCACUGACAGGGCAGAAGCAGCUGUUGGGAAGGAGAUCUUGUGGUUUCUGUGAUUGUUGCUCCCCUGGGAGAACAUGGCUGUGGAUUCACGUGUGAACUCCUGAACACUUCGCUUUUUUUAUGACUUCCAGGAAACACUCUGACAGGAAGAAAUUGGGACCACCCAAACUGUUUAUCACCCCUCUGGGACUCUCGUUGUCACCUGUCACACACGAGUGAGAAAUUGCCUUUCUCCUCACCUGAAAUAAAUAAACUUGAAGAUUAAGAGAGCAGCAAGUCCCUGUCUGUGACUUAGCAAAGUUGCUGGAGGUGAGACCCCCCCUCUCCCACUGACCAGGAGUGAACACAGCAGCCCUCACCUUCCCAGCAGAGCAGGGUGACUCUGUCUCUGUAUUUCCCCUCCCAGAGAAAACAAAUGUAAGUGGGACAGCGAUUUGGGCAUCACUUUUGGUGCAGAAGCAACCUGGUUUGAUGUAAAGUCAAGUGUGGUCUGUGUUUCUUGGGCAAGACCCCCCCA